AUGCCGUGUUUGCCUGUGACCAGACUGAAGCUGGGGAAGCUAAAGGUGGUGCGGCGGCAGCUGCUGCAAAGGUAUGAACACCAGCCGUUUGUCUCCUGUCUGGCCGGCCUCUAUGGUUGCCAAUGGAGACGAUACCAAAGAGCCCGGGCACAGCCAGGAGAGUGCUGCUGCAGCAAGGUGGAGUGUGGCAGUUUCGGCCUCCUGAUCCUCACCUUCUUCCUGAGUUUUUUAUUCCUCUAUUUCUGGAGUGAAGCUCAAAAUGACUACUUCGACUUUGACUGGUUUAACUUUGGGACUCUGGGCUUCUGGUUUCCCUGGUCUCUGGUCCUGCUGGUCAUUGCUGCUGCUCUCUUCACAUACAUCGCCCUCCUGCUGGUCCUGGCAGUGUGCCUGCUCUCUGAGGGACAGAGGCUGUACCUCCACUGGAGCCACAAGACUGGCAUCGUGGUGGCGUUGGCGUUCUCAGUCACAGCCACCGCCAUCUUGUCCGAUCUCUGGAGCAAAGAAUGGAAGACUCUCCUUCUGUCCCUGCAGGUGACGGCACCUUUCCUCCAUGUGGCUGCAGUCUCACUGAUGGCGAUUCUCUCAUGGCCAAUAUCUUUGCACUUCUUUCGCAUGAACAAGAAAGUGCGUCAGGUGGCUGCUCUGGCUCUCUACCUGUCCGUGCUGUUCUCUCUCUACCUGGUUCCUCUGGGGAUGUACUCGCCCUGCAUCAAAGAGGCAGGGACGCUGGGACCUGCUCCCACACUCAUCGGACACAGAGGAGCUCCAAUGCUUGCUCCAGAGAAUACUAUGAUGUCGUUUGAGAAGGCGGUGGAAGCUGGAGGAGAAGGACUGGAGACCGACGUCACCAUCAGUUAUGAUGGUGUUCCCUUCCUGAUGCAUGACUUCACUCUGAAGAGAACCACCGAUGUCGCUGAGGUCUUCCCAAACCGAACGCACCUCGACGCCUCCAUGUUCACCUGGGCCGAGCUCCAGCAGCUGAAUGCUGGCAACUGGUUCUUAUCGAGGGACCCCUUUGGCACCGUGUCCUCUCUGUCUGAGCCGGACUGCUCGCGGGCCCAGAACCAGUCUGUGCCCACCCUGGCCCAGUUCCUGGAGGUAGCGGCCCGCAGCAGCAGACUGGUGCUGUUUGACCUGCACAGGCCACCGUACGGACAUCCCUACCAUCAGUCCUACAUCAACACCACUCUGCAGGUGGUGCAGGCCCACAUCAACUCCUCACAGGUGCUGUGGCUGCCUUCUGAGGACAGGGAGCUGGUCCAUGCUGUGGAUCCAGAGCUGCAGCAGACCUCUGGAGAGAAAGCUUCUAUUCAUGAACUGACAGUGGGUCAUAUCACCAGACUGAACCUGCAUUACAGCACCAUGUCCCAACAACAGUUCAGAAAGUACCAGUCGGUGAACGUCAGCACUAACCUGUAUGUGAUCAGUCAGCCGUGGCUCUACACUUUGGCCUGGUGCUCCGGAGCUCAGUCUGUAACCACCAACUCCAUCCACAUCCUGUCCAGCAUCAACAAGCCGCUCUUCCUCAUGACUCAAGAGGAAUACAGUUUGAUGUGGAUUCUGACUGAUGCUGUGUCUGCCCUGCUCAUCAUAGCAGUUUUCAUAUUCCAUUGGUGGAGAGAGAGAGGCCUGCCCUGGUCCGGCAGCCGACAGACUCAUGAGAAUGGAGCGUACAGCAAGUUCAGGACAGAGCUGAGUGACGUGUGGUCCAUCUCCAGCGUCAGCGUGCGGCCAGACCUGCGGAGCGCGCCCAGUUCCCCCAGUAAGCCCCACCUGCCCACCAUCACUGAGGAGUGA